AUGAGUCAAUCCGAUACUCAACUAGCAAAAGAAAAAGCUCUAGAAGAUUUGCGAAGAAUCAAGGAAGAGCUCCUUCAAAGGCACAAAAAGUCAGAUAAGGAAAAACAUAAACGUAAGGAAAGAUCCCGAUCCAGUAGUUCAGAAAGAGAAAUUAAAGAAAAACACAAACAUAAAGAAAGAAGUCAGUCCAGUAGUCCAGAAAGACAAGUUACUUCUCCAAAGAAGAGAUCAUGUUCUCCAGAAGUGACUCGUGAUGAUUGGAUGACAAGUUCAGUUUUAUUAAAAACUUUCUCCAAGAACAAACCCUUACCGAAAAAACAAUGCACAACAUAUGAAACAUAUGAGCCUGGCAAGAGUACCAGGGAACUUAAUCCACAUUGGAAAGAUGGUGGAACUGGAUUGCCUGCAUUUAGAAAACCAAAAGAUGAUUCUGAUGAUGACAAUUAUAGUCACUCUAGGAAAUAUUCAUCUAAAAGUCAUAAGAAAGGUGACUGGAUGAAAAAAACUGAAACGAAAUCCUUGACCGAAAAGAAGGAAGAUGAAGGAGAAAAAGAACCAUCAUCGACGAGUGUUUCUGAGAAGGAAACAGGAACUGAAUUUCUUUCAGACCAACAAAUGAAUGAACUCGGAGCUAAGAUUAUGAAAGCUGAGUUACUGGGCAAUAAAGACCUAGCCGAUGAGUUAAAAAAUAAACUCAACUCAGCUCGACUUGCGAGGGAACAAGGCAAUUUCAAAGAUAAGGAAAGGUCAAAUAACAAAAAUCAUAGAAAUUCACAUAGCGAAAAGCAUAGAAAAUCACAUAAAGAUGUGUCUAGUCGUACUCGAAGAUUCUCCGACGAUGAUGAGCACGACCUCGGAAAGAAGUUUGCGCGAGAAGCCAGUACAACUGUCGACUCCUCCAGUAAAUCUAAAGAAAAACAUAAAAACUUCAAUGAAGACUUUGAAGAUAUAUUUGCCAAUCCGAAAGAUGAAAAAGAAGCACAACGUGAAAUUCGCAAUCAAAGUCGUCACAAUAAGAAGCUUAACAACUGUGACAAAUGCUUUAAUUCGGACAAAAUGAAUAAAGAACUUGUUGUGUCUGUUGGCAAACAUGUUUACCUGGCUCUGCCAUGGCAUGAAGGUCUUCAGACAAACCAUUGUUUGAUUAUAUCCAAUGACCACUACACAUGCUCUACAGAUCUAGAUGAAGAUGUGUGGCAAGAAAUCACUAGAUAUCGAAGAGUUUUGACCAAAUUGUUUGCUAAACGCAAACAGGAUGUUUUAUUUUUUGAAACUGCUCGAUAUCUUCAUAAACGUCCUCACAUGGUUAUACAAUGUGUACCAUCGAGUGGUUUUGAAAUGGCACCUUUCUAUUUCAAAAAGGGUAUAGAAGAAAGCGAAUAUGAAUGGUCAAAGAAUAAACAACUUGUUACCCUGAAGGAGAAGAAUUUAAGGAAAUCUAUUCCAAAUGGAUUGCCAUAUUUUUGGGUGCAUUUUGGAAUGGAUCUAGGAUUUGCUCAUGUAAUUGAGAAUCAAGAAAUGUUUCCAUUGUAUUUUGCUCAGGAAAUAAUUGGUGGUAUGUUAACAUUGGAUAUGAGAAAAUGGCGGUCUCCUAGACAGGAGCAUAAUAUUAAAACCAAAAUUAAAAAUUUGGCAGAUUUGUUAAAACCAUACGAGGAAGAUCUUUGUUGA